AGUUUCCCAGAAACAACCUUUUUUGCACUCAUGCUAGCUAGCUAGCAGUAGCCACCGGGGCAUUUUGGAAUGGCCGUGUCAGCCAACCAACCCCUUUGUUCAAUGCAACGUGCCAUUCCAUAAUGGCUGCUACUAACUAGUAUGAGGAUGAAAUUGGCAGUUGUCCAGGAAAACUAGCAGUACUUCAAUCUUCUUGAUGGAGCAGUGUGGAUAAAGGUACAAUUUGGAAUUAUGUGGCACAUGCCUGCAUUGAGGUAGGUUUCCCAACCUAUAUCUAGCACCGGCUCCAUACUCUUAAUGACGAUCUGAUAAAGGAUAUUCUUUAAAACAUCUAAUAGGGAGGGCCAACUAAAGGUGUUAAUCCUCCAAAUCGCUCAAGCAAACUGGAGCACUGAACCAGGGGCUCUUAAAUAUCCUCAGUGCCAGCAAAAGUGAAACGCCUUCUGACUAACGAGGAUGACAAGUCAGCACAGGUGUAACACAUACUGACUAACGAGGUGCCACCAAUCGGUACACCCAACGUGGUGAACUUCUAAAAAUACUGAAUAAGUUCUACAAGAGGAACGAGAUGCAAAAAAUUGCUGCGGAUCAAGGUCUCGAUGCUCGUCUCUUUCACCAAGCAUUCAUCAGUUUUCGGAAGUAUGUGCUGGAAAUCUCUACACUCAGUGCAGACCUUCAUAUCAUCCUCAAUGAUAUAUGCUGUGGAGCAGGCCACAUAGAUGACCUCUAUCCUUACUUCAUGAGACAUGCAAAGCAGAUUUUCCCCAUGCUGGACUGCAUGGAGGAUCUACGCAAAAUCAGUGAUCUGCGUGUACCAGCUAAUUGGUACCCUGAGGCUAGAGCCAUCCAGAGGAAGGUGAUAUUCCAUGCUGGUCCGACCAACAGUGGAAAGACCCAUCAUGCAAUUCAGAGAUACCUGGCUGCCAAGUCUGGUGUCUACUGUGGACCGCUGAAGCUGUUGGCCCACGAGAUCUUUGAAAAGAGCAACACUGCUGGCGUGCCAUGUGAUUUGGUGACAGGAGAAGAGAGAACAUUUGUGGAUGCAGAGGGGGGACAAGCUGAGCAUGUGGCCUGUACUAUCGAGAUGUGCAGUGUCACAACUCCAUAUGAAGUAGCGGUUAUUGAUGAGAUCCAGAUGAUUAGGGACAUAUCGAGGGGAUGGGCUUGGACCAGGGCUCUUCUCGGUUUGUGUGCUGAGGAGAUCCAUGUGUGUGGAGAGCCUGCUGUGAUUAACUUUGUCACAGAGCUCAUGUACACAACUGGUGAAGAGGUGGAGGUUCGUAACUACAAGAGGCUCAGUCCGUGCUCAAUUCUGGACCGUGCUGUGGAGUCUCUGGAUAACCUGAGACCAGGCGACUGUGUUGUCUGCUUCAGCAAAAACGAUAUUUACUCCAUCAGUAGGCAGAUCGAGAGCCGAGGCCUGGAGUGUGCCGUCAUCUACGGAAGCCUUCCACCCGGGACCAAGCUAUCUCAAGCAAAGAAGUUCAAUGACCCAGAGGACCCAUGUAAGAUCCUGGUUGCAACGGAUGCCAUCGGGAUGGGACUAAACCUGAGUAUCAAGAGAAUCAUCUUCAACUCCUUGGUGAAACCCAACAUCAAUGAGAAGGGUGAGAAGGAGCUAAACACCAUCUCCACGUCUCAGGCUCUCCAGAUCGCCGGGCGGGCCGGACGCUUCAGCUCCAUCUUUAAAGAGGGCGAGGUCACCACCAUGCACCGCGACGACCUGCCUAUCCUCAAGGAGAUACUCAGCAGGACCGUCCACGCCAUCGAGAUAGCUGGGCUGCACCCUACAGCAGAGCAGAUUGAAAUGUUUGCCUACCACUUACCUGAUGCCACCUUGUCCAAUCUGAUAGAUAUAUUUGUGAGCCUCUCACAAGUUGAUGGUAUGUACUUUGUGUGCAACAUUGAUGACUUCAAGUUCCUGGCUGACAUGAUCCAGCACAUUCCCCUCAACCUGCGCUCUCGAUAUGUGUUCUGCACUGCGCCCAUCAACAAGAAGCAGCCCUUCGUGUGCACCUCCUUCCUGAAGUUUGCCAGACAGUUCAGCAGAGAUGAGCCUCUGACCUUUGACUGGGUGUGUCGGCUCGUCAGCUGGCCCUUGGUCCCACCCAAGAACAUCAAGGACCUGGUGCACCUGGAGGCUGUCCAUGAUGUGCUAGACCUCUACCUCUGGCUCAGCUACCGCUUCAUGGACAUGUUUCCGGAUGCCAAUCAUGUCCGGGAGAUCCAGCAGGAGCUGGACAGCAUCAUUCAGUUGGGCGUGCGCAACAUCACACGACUUAUCCGAGCAACGGAGACCAGCGCCACUCCUGGGAUAGACCCCCUCUCCAGCCAGAGGAGGCCGGGGCCCAGCCCAGUAUCCCCAAGGAGGGUUCGAGGAGCUCCCAAGGCCCAGGACAGUGGAGUAGAGGCUGGGCAGCUGGACAAGUCCCUAGGCUCCCGCCUAGUGCAGGAGGGCUUACUGACUCCCGACCUCCUAAGGCAAUUGCAGAAGGAGUGGUCCAAGGAGCACCGUCAAGAGGAAGUAGGAGUCAAACUGGUUGCGGAAACUUUGAAUAAUAAAAUGAAAGGGAGGAAGAAAAAGUGACCGCUCCAGUCUCUGACUUAGUUGUGAAAAACAGGAUCUGUUUCCUGUUAUGUUGACGGGACUUCAUUCCAGGCUGCAUUAUGCAGCUGUUGACCAAUUGGACUGUGUGUGUCCCAGCUCCUGUCUAUAACUGCUCAAAAACAGUCAUUUUGUGAGCCAAAGGGUAAAUAAAUGUUAUUACAAAGUCAUUUUUGUAGUCUUAUUUUAUUUUUAUCACUUGAAAAGUAAAAUGGUUGACUGCAUCACGUAGAUAGUCCGUCUCAUGCAGCAAGCAAUGACAAAUCUUUACACUGAGGCAACAUUCCUUGAGCAAUUUGUGCCCAUCCUAUGCUUGGGCUAGACCACUGUAACAGAAACAAAUGUUAUGAGACAUCGUCUCUUGCACUUUACACCACUAAUUAUAUGCUCCUAUGUAUGAUUUGCGAAACUGACAGUAUAAGUGAUAUGAUUGAUAAAAUAAAAGUAUCAUUUUUCUUUUGACAA